GUCAAAUCGCUUCAGACUUCAAUCAGACUUCGAUCGCUUGAGUUUACUUUAGUUGCAUAUAUUGAGUAUAAAAAGGAUGUAGGGUUGUUGCUAUUUUAUUCGCGUAAUCUUAAUUGUUUUACUCAUGGCCCGUGCUGCAGAAGAAAAUAUACCACUAAAUAAAAGAUCUUUCAAAGUAAUACUCUGUGGUGGUUGUGGCGUUGGAAAGACGUCUAUAUAUACCAGGCUAAAAGAUGAACAUUUUGAGGACAUCGAAUCGAAGACAGUACUUCCCGAUCAGUGCAUAAUAAACUUGACGACAAACAAGAAUGUUGAAGUGAAGGUUACUUUAUGGGAUACAGCUGGAUUAGAAAAGUUUGACAGUGUUACUCAUUCAUACUUCAGUGAUAGUCAUCUGGUUCUUAUUGUUUAUAGCACUGACAAAAAGGAAUCCUUAGUUCAAGCAGUAAAAUACAAAAAUGAAGCUUCAAAUCAUGCCCUUGGAGCCCAUUUAGUAUUGGUUCAAAAUAAAAUUGAUUUGAAUGACUCAGCAGCAAUUUCUGAGCAAGAAGUAAAAAGCUUCUUAAAAAACAAUGACUUCAAACUUUCAUUCAAGGUAUCUGCUAAAACUGGAGAUGGAAUAAAAGAAAUGAAAAAGAAACUAGCAGAUCAUCUUCACAAGUAUGGAAAAAAAUGCAAGAAAAAAUCAGGCACAGUGAAUCUUGAGAAUUCUCAGACUACCACAAAAAAGUGCUGCAGACAGCAAUAAACAUUGUUUUAGCUUGUUGAAUGAUCCCUGCAGAAAACACUGAUGUACUCUUCUUUGCACCCAGUUUUAGCAUUGUACUGUAACACAAGAGGACACUAAACGCUCUGCAGAAACCACUCCUAUGCUAAGCAGUUUUUCUUCAGGUUCUCAGUUUCAUCCCUCUGUUAAAAUCAACAUGUGAGUUGAGUGUUAUUUCCAUAGAACAUUGAAUUUAGUGAGUCAAAAGUGUCCCUGAUUAGUGCGAAAGCCUAGACAUUUAAAAACUAGAAAAGUGAUUUAUUUUUUUAAACAUUGUGAAUAUUUAUGAUUAUGAGAAAGCUACAAGGUCAUGCAGUUGAUCUGAAAGAGAAGUGCACUGCAGCAGUUUUCGAGAAGUGUACUGCAGCAGUUUUUAUGACUCAAUUUCAAUUUUAAUCAUCUUGUACUAUAUUUUCAUUUYUUAUGUUAUGUAUCGUGCAGACAUGCAUUAUGGAAGAACAUGGAAGACCUCUGCAUUAAAUGUAGAAUGGGACGUUUGUAAUAGUAAAAUGGCUUUCCUGUUGUAAUUAAUUCAAAAUUCAAUUUUUUAAUCUCGUUUAUUUAAGGGGCCGUCAUAAUAGGCCCUUUGCAGCUAAGCAAUCACGUUCUGAUUAAUUCACUGAGAGCAAAUGAGUGAACAUUUUGAUUCCCAUGGGUGAAAUUUACUGGACUGCAAACAAACUUUCUACAACCUGUUUCGAGAGAUCGUAAUAAAACUACAUUUCGUGACACACGGGAUACACAUGUUGCCAUUAAUUUCUUUACAAGUAGCUAAAAAGAAUCACCAAUUUAAAAUAAAAACAUAAAUUUUGCAUUCCAGUACAGACACAUGACCGUUAACUGCAAAGGGCCUAUUGGGGAAACCUGUGACAAUAUCCCUUACCUUUCAUCUGCUUAUAAUAUUCGUUUGUUUUUCCUUUUCUUUUAUACUAUGAUUCUAUGUGAGGUAAAAGCUUAAUAAAUAAGUAUGCAUUAUGCAGAAUACAUAAUGUAUUCUAAACUUCUCAGAUAUGAAAGCAGCUUACAUUUCAGGGGGUUAGGACAAGUACAAGUUUAUAUCUUUUUGAUUUUUAGGCAUGACAUCAUCAAACCACCUUCAAUAUCUCCUCUCAUCUACUGGUAAAAUAAAUUUUGCUUACCCUGGUAUACAGAAAAA